AACCUUAAAUCGCAUUUAUUUAAUGUUCAUCUACCUUCUGAAUUUUUUUUUCCUUCAGACGACGUCGUACAGAGUUUGCCAAUCUGGUGAUGACGUCUUGCCGUAAGCUGCGUGCCACCCACCGCCCCGAACCACCAGACCUCGCCCACACACUCACACACCGUCUACCCCCGCUCCUCGCCUCUAAAUACGAGCGCAUUCUGAAGGACCUCUUCCAGGAGUUACGACAACGAGAAGUACAGCCGGUCCUCAUGAAGCCUCUAGGCACAUUCGAAAGGUAUGAUGUGAUGGGCGUGGAGCGAGUACCGUGGGUAGGGCAGGAGAGACGAGCCUUGAGCCGUGCCAUGGCCAGCUUCCCACCAGCAGUAAGAACAGUGAUGGCACAAGCACUCAGACCCCUCGACACGCUGAGUCUCGUCGACAUACAAGAUGGAGGCGGGGGCGUGGGUGUAGGAGAGGGCGUGGAGCUCAGCGUGUUGAUCACCAGGUGGCGUGCAGCAGCCAGGACGGGACGGGCCCAGCUACGUAGUACGUGGUUCCCCACGUCUCUCUCUGCCAUCCGCGAGGCCGCCUUAGCCACCAACCUCUCGCCCUCCCGCAGACACACUGUCAUGCACGCCUUCAAUAACCUGUUAGCGUCUAAGCUGCAAGAAGUGCUAAUUCGUAGCGUAGAGAACGUGCUUAAGUGGCUGGGGAGUGAAGAGGAGCCGUGGGUAGGACCCAGGAUUAAACUGUACUUGGUGCUUGAUGACAACCAAGUUGUGCUCAAUCCUGAUGAAGAGGCGCUCUAUUCGGCCUUCAUGGACCUAUUCAAAGAGCUGGACGACUGCGUGCAGCUAUAUCGUGGAACGUGGGAUGAGCCUCAGCCGCCCAAGGUGCCCAAGUGGCGUCUGCGAGUAGCAGAGAACGGCGAGGAAGGUGAGGCUGACGAGGUAACUCCUCCAUUACGGCCCUUACAACCCCGCCGCGAGACUCUGGUAGUCACACUCUCUGACCCACAAUGGAAGGGCUUCCGGAGCGCACUCUCCUCCAGCAUCCGGUGUCGCUUUGCUAAAGCUGCUGAGUUCUUGGAUCAGAUUUCGAGCGAGUGGUCGUCUGUGUUGAAUGGAGAAGUAAGGUGCCAAGUGGAUGAUUUCUUGAGUCAGGAUGCAGAACUGGACGAAUACGCAGGUCAAGUACAACAUUACUCAGCUUACGUUGAGCAGGCGAGUCACGUCCCAACCUCUGCAAUGCUCUAUGUCUUCAGAUUAGAGUACAAGUUUCUGCGACAGAGUUUACUGUUGGUGUCAUCGUCCUUCGUGUCAAUGCUGAGAGACAGACUCAUUGCUGAUCACCGUGAAAGAACACAGGGGUAA